AUGUUGAAAGCUAGUACUCAGAAUAAUAAAGAAAGAGCUUCUGGGAUUAAAAGUCUUCAAGAUGGUAAUUUUAUAAUCCCAUCAUCUGUACGUCAUGAUGGAUCUGUUAGAUCUGAAAGAAGAGUUCGACCAGGGUAUAUUCCUCCUGAAGAUAUAGCUGUGUAUAGAACAGUGCAUCAUGAUCAGCAUUCUCAAAGAGUGGCUCGUAUUUGUCCUGGAACUUUAGACUAUUAUUCUUCUGGAACGGCAACUUUCCCUAAUCUAAGUAAGAGUGCAAAAAAACGGUCUAAGCAAAAAGAGAAAUCUCAGAAUUUGAAAAAUGAUAAUAAUAUUGAGUGUUCUGAACUGCAGGUUAAGAAUUCUUUAGUUGUUGAUGUUGAAAAACGUAUCCGAAAUUUGAAAAAAAAGAUUAAAGAGACACAGAAACUUGAAAUGCGUUUUAAGAAUGGGGAAGCUCUUCUUGAUGAUCAGAUUGAAAAAAUAAUGUCAUUAGAUACCCUUGUUCAAAAAUUAAAAGGUUUAGAAGUGUCAUCAGUUUAG